CUCAAGCACACUCUUUACCCAGCACCAACAGCCAAAGAAACUAAUGCGGUCUUCUUUACAAGCGUUUGAGUUUUUAAAACUAUGCUUAGAUGCAACUUACUAAGGCCGCUGGAGUUCGAAAAGUGGGAAAAGUGAGAAGGGAAAGUUGAGAAGUAAUUGGUGAAGUUUUCGGUGUUCCCGUGCAGGAUCGCAUCGAGCCAUAAUGGCGAGCCGCGCGCGGACAGGAUCCGUGAUUUUACCUCGAUUCUCCUUCGCAUCUUGGAACACAUAUUCCCGAACGUACUGGAAUAACUUAAAGAUUUCGAGGUGGAUCCUAGUUGCCCUGUUUGUGUUUGCUUGUGGUGGAUUUUGUGGUGCAGAUAGUGAGUUUUCUAUCCUGGAAGAGGCUCAAGUUUUGGCUGUGCAAAUUAAGAAGCUGUCUACUCAGGAGCUCGGCGUUCUCACAAUGCAGAGAAUCUUCAAUUCCUUUGUGUACACAGAGAAGACUUCAAAUGGUGAAACGGAGGUACAGCAGCUGGCGAAAAAGAUCCGGGAGAAGUUUAACCGGUAUCUGGAUGUGGUUAACAGGAACAAGCAGGUGGUGGAAGCUUCUUACACUGCCCACCUCACCUCCCCUCUGACAGCCAUUCAGGACUGCUGCACUAUCCCUCCUUCCAUGAUGGAAUUUGAUGGUAAUUUUAAUGCCAAUGUUUCAAAGACUAUCAGCUGUGAUCGCCUCUCCCCGACUGUCAACAACCGAGCCUUUAACCCUGGACGAGACCUCAACUCUGUGCUGGCAGACAACCUGAAGUCCAAUCCAGGGAUCAAGUGGCAGUACUUCAGCUCGGAAGAGGGCAUUUUCACUGUGUUUCCUGCUCACAAGUUCCACUGCAAGAGCACAUAUGAGCACAGGAUGAGGCCCGUUUAUGUUUCAGCAGUAAGGCCGCAGUCCAAGCAUAUAGUCGUGAUCUUAGACCAUGGUGCCUCUGUCACUGAGACCCAGCUCCAGAUCGCCCGUGAUGCUGCACUUAUUAUCCUCAACUCCAUCGAUGAGCAUGAUAAGAUCUCUGUGUUGACAAUAGCAGACACGGUACGUUCUUGCUCUUUGGAUCAGUGCUAUAAAAGUUUCCUCUCACCUGCUACCAGUGAGACUAAGAGGAAGAUGAGUACCUUCAUCAGCAAUAUGAAAGUUUCUGACAGCCCUACACAACAUGCACUGGGCUUCCAGAAAGCCUUUCAGCUGUUGAGGAACACAAGUAACGUCUUCAGACAGCUGACUAACACCGACAUGGUGAUUAUCUACCUGUCAUCGGGCAUCACCUCAAGAGACUCAUCCGAGCAGGAAAAGAGAGCAACCUUGAGUGUUGUCAAAGAGGAAAACCGGCACCUCAACAACUCCGUCAUGAUCCUCACCUAUGCUCUUAUGAAUGAUGGAGUAACGGGACUCAAGGAGUUGGCCUUCUUGCGAGACCUGGCUGAGCAGAACUCUGUGAAAUAUGGCAUUCCGGAUCGUUCCCCACUCCCCGUCGUGAAGGGCAGUAUGAUGGUCCUGAACCAGCUCAGUAACCUGGAGACCACGGUGGGCCGCUUUUACAUCAACCUGCCCAACCGAAUGAUCGACGUGGCCACCUUUAGCUUGCCUUACGCAGACCAGAUGGGAGAUGGUUUCAUUAUGACCGUCAGUCGCCCAUGCUACUUCGGAAACCUGUUGCUGGGUGUAGUUGGAGUGGAUGUGAAUCUGGCAUACAUACUGGAGGAUGUCACAUACUACCAGGACUCCCUGGCCUCAUAUACCUUCCUCAUAGACAAUAAAGGAUACACCCUCAUGCAUCCAUCACUCACCCGUCCCUACCUGAUGACUGAAGCUCCGCUCCACACAGACAUCAUUCACUAUGAGAACAUCCCAGGGUUUGCAGCUGUGCGUCAAAACAUCCUCAGUCUACCUCUGGGGAGUCAGGUCAUUGCUGUGCCUGUCAACUCCUCUCUGUCCUGGCACAUGAACCGCCUGCGUGAUCCCAGGCAAGAUGCCUACAAUGUCAGCUAUGCCUGGAAACUGGUCCAGGACACCUCCUUCAUCCUCUGCAUAGUGUAUGUUCAACCAGAGAUCCCAGUGAAACAGCUAAAAAAUCUGAACACGGCCCCCAGCAGCAAGCUUCUGUACCACCGGCUGGAUCUACUGGGACAGCCCAGCUCCUGCCUUCACUUUAAACAGCUCGCUACAGUUGAGAGUCCCACUGUGAUGUUAUCUGCUGGUAGUUUCUCCUCUCCAUAUGAGCACUUGAGUCAGCCAGAGACCAAGCGAAUGGUGGAGCACUACACUGCUUACCUGAGUGACAACACCCGCCUCAUAGCCAACCCAGGCCUGAAGUCUUCUGUGAGGAACGAGGUGAUGGCCACCAGUCACGUGACAGAUGAAUGGAUGAGUCUUAUGGAGAUGAGCAGCCUGAAUUGCUACAUUGUGCGGCGUUACAUAGCAACGCCCAAUGGGGUGCUGCGGAUUUACCCCGGUUCACUCAUGGACAAAGCUUUCGACCCCACUAGGAGGCAAUGGUACGUUCAUGCUGUCGCCAAUCCUGGUCUCAUCACUUUUACUGGACCCUACCUGGAUGUUGGUGGGGCGGGCUAUGUUGUCACAAUUAGUCACACCAUACAUGCCUCUAGCUCUCAGAUGGCUUCAGGUUAUACAGUAGCAGUUAUGGGCAUUGACUUCACGCUGCGCUACUUUUACAAAGUUUUGUUGGAUCUUUUACCCAUCUGCAACCAAGACAAGGGCAACAAAAUUCGGUGUUUUAUCAUGGAGGACAGAGGCUAUUUAGUGGCCCAUCCAACCCUGAUUGAUCCCAAGGGCCACGCUCCAGCAGAACAGCAGCAUAUCACCCAUAAGGAGCCCCUAGUGGCCAAUGACAUUCUCAACCACCCCAACUUUGUGAAGAAGAACCUCUGUAACAGUUUCAGUGAUCGCACUGUGCAACGCUUCUACAAGUUUAACACCAGCAUUGUGGGUGAUCUUACAAACCUAGUGCAUGGCAGUCACUGCUCAAAGUACCGGCUCACCCGUAUCCCAGGAACCAAUGCAUUUGCUGGUAUUGUGAAUGAGACCUGUGAUUCGCUGGCAUUUUGUGCUUGCAGCACUGUGGAUCGCCUCUGUCUUAACUGCCACAGAAUGGAGCAGAAUGAAUGUGAAUGCCCCUGUGAGUGCCCUCUAGAGGUGAAUGAGUGCACUGGCAACCUCACCAAUGCUGAGAACAGAAACCCGAGCUGUGAUGUGCACCAGGAGCCUUUGUCUUUGACUGUUAUUGAGCCCAGUCUACAGGACACUCUUCCUCAGUGUAUCAACACCAGAUGUAGUCAGCGCUUCACCAGCAGUGAUUGUUUUGGUGUUCUGGAUUGCGAGUGGUGUAUGGUGGACAGUGAUGGAAAGACCCACCUGGAUAAGCCAUACUGUGCCCUGCAAAAAGAAUGUUUUGGUGGUAUAGUAGGUGCCAAGAGUCCUUAUGUGGAUGGACUGGGUCUUUUAGAUGAGGAGGUGGCUUCUCUGAAUAUGAUCAAAAGUGCGCCUGUGGGGCCUGUGGCAGGUGGCAUUAUGGGAUGCAUCAUGGUGCUAGUGUUGGCUGUGUAUGCGUACAGACACCAGAUCCACCGUCGCAGCCAUCAACACAUGUCCCCUCUGGCCGCACAGGAGAUGUCCGUGCGGAUGUCUAACUUAGACAAUGAACGAGAUGACAGAGAUGAAGACAGUCAUGAAGACAGAGGAAUAAUUAGUAACACACGAUUCAUUGCUGCUGUUAUUGAAAGGCACACACACAGUCCAGAACGCAGGCGGAGAUACUGGGGCCGGUCGGGAACUGAGAGUGACCAUGGCUACAGCACUAUGAGCCCUCAAGAGGACAGCGAGAACCCGCCCUGCAACAACGAUCCUCUUUCAGCGGGCGUUGAUGUGGGCAAUCAUGAUGAGGACCUUGACCUGGACACUCCUCCACAGACAGCUGCUCUUCUCAGCCACAAGUUCCAUCCCUAUCGACACCCCCACACACACCACCCCCUGCAUUUGCACACGCACCAUCUCCAAGCAGCCGUCACCGUGCACAGUGUGGAUGCAGAGUGCUGAUCCUGCCCACAUAUGACCCCAAACCAUCAACCCUGCCUUUGAAGCCACUAAUCUCCAAUCCUUGCUCUUCACCCACCAUCAGCCCUCCAACCAAGCCCUGCAUCCUCCCAAGAGAGGAGAGAACAGAACCCUAACUCUCCCAGGGCAUCCGCUGGUGGUGCAGUUGUUUUGUGCUUGCUGACCUAAUGAGGGGGCCGAACAGUUGGCCUCUUUAGAGGUAAUUAUGGUGUGGAUUUGGCAGGUGCAUACAGAACUCCUCAAGUUUGUUUGUUUUAUUCCCAAGGAAACAAUGAAGAUGAAAGGAUUAUUUUUCUACUAUUUAUUUAACUAGAGUUGAGAUGGAGUAAUGAA